AUGCAGGCAGAGCCAGGACGCAGAGAGUCGCGUCCCGAACCAUUGUCUGAAAGUGAAAAACGUCACUUCAGCAAAUAUGGGAAAAUCCCGCACGAAGGAUCAAUUGGCUCUGGGGGUCGGGCCACCCUUUCCUACCGCGAUUAUGCUCAUUCAGCCACUGCAAACGACGCUAUCCAGCCUCGGGGAUCACAUUGGCAUCCUGACAGAACCUCUCGAUCCGGUACUCCUGUCUUUAAUGCUGUUGAUUUCCACAAUGUGGCUGUCGGGGAUCCGUACAGAAAACUUUCCACCACCGAAAAACGUCUUUCACAACCAACAAAGUCUAAAGUACAACAAGAUGCCGCAAUCAAGGAGCAGCGUGUCAAAUCUGUCUCCGAGGAAGACAACUCUGCCCUAUUUCCCUUUGAUUAA